AUGUUGCGACCGGAGACGUGCCUGGUCCUUGACGACGGCACCGGCCGUGCAGUGGGAUACUUGCUCGGAGCGGCUGAUACAGCUUCGUUUGUGGACAGCUAUGAAACCACUUAUCUACCAUACCUGCAGUCUCUGGGCUUUGAGAAGCCCAUCCCCGAUGAUCCGGCCGCCUGGGAAACGGACUUGCCAACCGCUUUGAAGCAGAUCAUGUUCACUCCGGAAGGGAUGCUUCAUCGGGAACACCAUGAACUGCUCGCGCAAUGGCCGGCACAUCUGCACGUUGAUAUUCUGCCGCCAUAUCAGAAGCAAGGUUACGGUCGACAAUUGAUCAAGCACUAUUGCACAAUGGCCCGUGUAAGUGGGGCAAUCGGUAUCCAUCUAUUAAUGGCGACAUCGAACGAAGAGGCUCAGAUGUUUUACGAUCGUGUGGGAUUCAAAAGGUUCCCUUAUGUGCUUGAUGAUGGCAACAGUGGCCAGCACGGCAGAGACCGAACCACUAUAUGGCUGGUGAAAGAUCUGUAA